AUGGCAAUACAGCGUAAUCAGAAUUGUCCAAGUGAAGCUGACUGCCAUUGCAGAUACUUCACCAACUAUCACCCCUUUACCCUUUUAUUAGAUCCUUCUGUCUCCCCUGAUACCUAUUUCGACCGCUCUAAGCUUCUGUUCUGGGUCAUCAUAUACAUUGCAUCCCGUCGAUUUUCGGAUGAUCCCACUCUCUUCACCGCAUUAACCACGCCUCUCAAGGCCCUCCUCUGGCAAAGCAUUUCAAAUCCUCCGCACAACUGGUACCUUGUGCAAUCUGUCUCUCUAUUCUGUCUCUGGCCCCCGCCGACCUUGUCUUUGUCCGAAGAUACCACCCCUGUCCUUGUAAAUAUCGCCCAGACUAUGGCUAUGGAACUUGGUCUCCACCGCCCCGAGUCCAUCCAGGACUUUUCACGCACCAAGCGGAAGCUCACGCCAGAUGAGAUAACUGAGGUAGUUCGAACGUGGUCCGUGUGUUACAUCGCUUCUCAAAGGUUAGCAUCAAACCCCCCUCCCCCCCGAACAGUCGCAGAACGGCGGUCUAACCCGGUCAUCCAUCAGUAUCUAUUCGAAUUCUGUCAUGUCCAUACCGACAUCUGA